AUGGGCGACCAGGUACGCCAGGCAGACCCGGAACACCAGGCAGACCAGGAACCCCAGGAAGGCCAGGCACACCCGGAGGUCCAGGUGGUCCCGGAGGCCCAGGAGGCCCGGGAUCGUACCCAGGACAACCUUCAGGCCCUGGAGGACCAGGAGGCGGAUUUCCAGGGCAACCAGGACGACCAGGAACACCCGGUAGACCAGGCGCACCAGGCACCCCCGGUGGACCGGGAGGCCCCGGCGGUCCUGGAGGACCGGGAGGUCCAGGCGGACCAACCGGACCAGGAGGCCAGUAUCCAGGGCAACCGACAGGACCCGGCGGACAAUAUCCAGGGCAACCAGGACAACCAGGACGUCCAGGAGCGCCAGGUACCCCAGGUGGACCUGGAGGUCCCGGCGGGCCUGGUGGACCCGGAGGGCCAGGUGGACCAACCCGACCUGGAGGACAGUAUCCAGGACAACCCACAGGACCCGGCGGACAAUAUCCAGGGCAACCAGGAGGCCCCGGAGGUCCUGGAGGACCAGGAGGUCCAGGUGGACCAACCGGACCGGGAGGCCAAUAUCCAGGACAACCAACAGGACCCGGCGGACAAUAUCCAGGGCAACCAGGACAACCAGGACGCCCAGGCGCACCAGGUACCCCAGGUGGACCGGGAGGCCCUGGUGGUCCUGGUGGACCGGGAGGUCCAG